CUUCCUUUCCAAACCAGUACCAAACAAACCGCCACCAUGCCUCAAGGAAUUCCCACCGCCUCCCGUCUCCUGGACCUCUUCAGCCUCAAGGGCAAGGUCGUCGUCGUCACCGGCGCCUCCGGACCCCGCGGCAUGGGCAUUGAGGCUGCCCGCGGUUGCGCCGAGAUGGGCGCCGACCUGGCCCUCACCUACUCCAGCCGCAAGGAGGGAGCCGAGAAGAACAAGGCCGAGCUCGAGAAGGAGUACGGCGUCAAGGUCAACAUCUACAAGCUGAAUGUCAGCGACUACGAGGAUGUCGACAAGACCGUCAAGCAGAUCCUCUCUGACUUUGGCAAGAUCGAUGCCUUCAUCGCCAACGCCGGUGCUACCGCCGACAGUGGUGUCAUCGACGGCUCCAAGGAGGCUUGGGACCACGUUAUCCAGAUCGACCUGAACGGCACUGCGUACUGCGCCAAGGCCGUCGGCGCUCACUUCCGCGAACGCGGCACGGGAUCCUUCGUCAUCACCGCCUCCAUGUCCGGCCACAUCGCCAACUACCCCCAGGAGCAGACCUCGUACAACGUCGCAAAGGCAGGCUGCAUCCACAUGGCCCGCUCGCUCGCCAACGAGUGGCGCGACUUUGCCCGUGUCAACUCCAUCUCCCCCGGCUAUAUUGACACCGGCCUGUCCGACUUCGUUGCCCAGGAGACUCAGGAGCUGUGGAAGAGCAUGAUCCCCAUGGGCCGCAACGGUGACGCCAAGGAGCUCAAGGGCGCCUACGUCUAUCUUGUCUCCGACGCCAGCACCUACACCACCGGCGCUGACAUCGUCAUCGACGGCGGUUACUGCUGCCGAUAG